CCUGCAAGUCCUCCGCCCACAGGCGAUGUGAAGCCCAGGCUCCGGGGCCCGCCUCGCUGUCCGCUUCUCCCCGCUGCCACCGACCGUCCAGCCUCUCCCCUAGGCCGGCGCCGAGCCCCACCAUGGAGGACGGGCGCGAGCUGGACCUCACCUACGUCACCGAGCGCAUCAUUGCGGUGUCCUUCCCCGCGGGCUGCUCCGAGGAGUCCUACCUGCACAGCCUGCAGGAGGUGACGCACAUGCUGCGCUGGGGCCACAGCCCUGGGCGGGGCUGCUGCUUCCUACGGGGUUUGGGCCUGCGCCUGGGUCCACUGUGGCCUCGGCGUGUCUGUGGGGACUCGGGUCCGAGAAGAGAGGCGAAGGUGGCUCGCAUGGUGCCCCAAAAAAUGGGGACCUGGUGGGCGCCGGGCCCAGCGCAGCCCAGGACGUGUCUGUCACCGGCCUCUGUCGUGUCCGUGCGUGGGGGUGACACACCGUCUCUCCUCCCCAGCGCCGACCAGGCCCUCGACAGGUUUGCCAUGAAGAAGUAUUACGACGACAAGGUCUCCGCGCUGAUGCAGCCCUCCCAGAAGCGGUACGUGCACCACCGGACCCACGGGCUGCUGUCGGGGACAGUGAAGAUGAACGCCUCGCCCCUCUUCCUGCAUUGCGUCAUCCUGCACGGCACCCCCAACUUCGACACGGGCGGGGUGUGCCGGCCCUUUCUGAAGCUGUACCAGGCCAUGCAGCCCGUCUACACCUCGGGGAUCUACAACGUUGGCCCCGAAAACCCGAGUCGCAUCUACAUCGCCAUAGAGCCGGCCCAGCUCCUGAAAGGGGACGUCAUGGUGAAGUGCUACCACAAGAAGUACCGCUCAGCCACCCGGGACGUCAUCUUCCGCCUGCAGUUCCACACGGGCGCCGUGCAGGGCUGCAGCCUGGUGUUCGGGAAGCAGGACCUGGACAGUGCCUGCCAAGACGACCGCUUUCCUGCCAGCGGGAAGAUCGAGCUCGUGUUCUCGGCCUCCCCCGAGAGGAUCCAAGGCUGUGAGCAUUUCCGCAGCAACCAUGGCGUCAGCGUGGACUUCAACACGGCCGACCCGCUGAUCCGCUGGGACUCCUACGAGAACCUGGGAGCUGAUGGGGAAGUGCUGCACACGCAGGGCCCCGUGGACGGCAGCCUGUACGCCAAGGUGAGGAAGAAGAGCGCCCUGGACCCCGGCGUCCCCGCCGCCAGCAGCCCGGACCACAGCGACCACACCCUAGGCAAAGCCAGGCUCCCAGGCAUCAGCGCUGUCAACGGGACUGGCCCGGAGCCCAGCCCGGACCCCUCCCCAGGCUCCCCCACCCUGGACAUCGACCAGUCCAUCGACCAGCUCAACAGGCUGAUCCUGGAGCUGGACCCCACCUUCGAGCCCCUCCCCACCCACAUGAACAAGCUGGGCAGCCUGGCCAGCAGCCCCUCGGCCCCAGACGACGCUGACUCGAGGGCGGCCUCCCGGCCCUGUCGCUUUCAGAUGGUGACUCCCGCGCAUCCCGCAAACCUCGGUGAAUGUGUGGUCGACGGCAGGGUCUUCUCUCCGAGCAAGACCGGCAGCGGCUCCGCAUCCCCCACCCCGGCGUUCCCCGUGUCUCCGCUGACGCCGUAUGCUUUCCUGCCCCCCUUCCUCCCGGGGGGGCCCGGGCAGCCGCCGCUCCCCGAGAAGAAGCGGGCCUCGGAGGGCGACCACUCCCUUGGCUCCGUCUCCCCAGCCUCCAGCGGCUUCUCCAGCCCCCACAGCGGGAGCACCAUGAGCAUCCCCUUCCCCAGCGUGCUCCCCGACUUCUCCAAGCCCCCCGAGGCGGCGGCUCCUUCUCCUGAAAACCCAGGUGAGAAGCAGGUGACGGUGAGCUUUGUGCAGGACACCUCCAAGUUCUGGUACAAGGCGGACAUCUCCAGGGAGCAAGCCAUCGCCAUGCUGAGGGACAAGGAGCCCGGGUCCUUCGUCGUCCGGGACAGCCACUCCUUUCGAGGCGCCUACGGCCUGGCCAUGAAGGUGGCCACGCCCCCACCCUCCGUCCUGCAGCUGAACAAGAAAGCUGGUGACUUGGCCAACGAGCUGGUCCGGCACUUCCUGGUCGAGUGCACCCCGAAGGGCGUGCGGCUCAAGGGCUGCUCCAACGAGCCCUACUUCGCCUGGCAGGUCUCUGCCCGCUCACCGUGGCCCUGGCCGGACAGGAGAUGGACGCCUGACCCCGCCUCUCUCCGUAGAGUCUUUGGGUUUGUGGCCCGGAAGCAGGGCAGCGCCACGGACAACGUGUGCCACCUGUUUGCGGAGCACGACCCCGAGCAGCCCGCCAGCGCCAUCGUCAACUUCGUGUCCAAGGUCAUGAUCGGCUCCCCGAGGAAGAUCUGAGCCCCUCACGGCCGGGCCACCGGCUGGGCCCCUGCUGUGCCCCUGGAGUGACCCCGACACCUGGCUCCUCCGGCUUCCCGAGACCCAGCUCUGUCCCAGCCCCUUCCCGAGACAGACAUGUCCACGCGUCCACAGCCGGGCCUUCUGGGCAGAAUUGGGCACCAGGGCACCACCCAGCUCCGCACCCGGGACGUGCAGGGUCUGUGGGAGGGGCCACCUGCCCGUUCCGCCGUGGCCUGAGGGGUCGCCAGAGUGUCCCCCAGUGUGGCCGAGGGCUCCUGUGCCCCCGACGCCCGGGGCCUCUGCCUCAGCAGGUACACACCUGUGACGAGGUCGUGCAGAUGGGCCCUUGGGGAACCCAGGGCGCGAUGCGUGGUGGGCUCUGAGGACAAGGGCACCUCCGUGGCCCAGAGCCCCACCCGCCUCGUCACAUCGGGUCUGAAGGAGCACGAGGCGGAGACGGAGGUGAAAUGCCGUUUCCGUGUAGCCUGCUGCGGGUGCGUCCCUGCCGUGCCCGCUGUACCCGCUGUGCCCGGGGCACCAGGACAGGUGUCGUCCUUCCUGGGGCGGGAGGUUCUAGAGGGGGGACGUGCUGAGCUCUGGAAGCUCCCGUCCCGUCCCUCGUCCACGUCUGCGGCUCCUGGAGGGGCGGCGAGGAUCUCUCUCAUGGAUGUUUGGGGCCCCCUCCCCCCUCGGGCAUGUGCCACGGCUGUGGCGGUGCCGGGCCCAUCGCCCGAUCUGCACGUGGUCUCGGUUCAGGAGAAGCUGGUGGCCCUGCAGGUGCCGUCCCAGUGAUGUCCCCGCCUCCUUCCUCUGAGCCCAGCCCCACAGGCUCCGCCUGGGGCCCGUUCUCUGCUCCAGGAACCAGCCAGCGGCUCCGGCGGUGGGCCCCGUGCAGCUCCCACCAAAGCACCAAACACAAGUGCCUCAUUCCUGUGCCAAACUCCGCCUGGGCCCCCGGGCGGCCUUCCUCCUCUCGUGCCUGUGGCCGCAGGGACUGCUGGGCCCGAGGUCCUGGUUCCUGGGAGCCCCCCGCGGUUCCUGCGGGAAUCGGGGAGCAGACCGGUUGGUGCUGCCCCCGGAGGCCUCUCCCUCUGAGGGUCACACCCAGGUCUGACCCAAGGCUGCGGGGCCGGCCCUGACCUCCCGGAUGAAGAUGGACAGGCCUGCAGAGAAGCCGGAGCCAGACGGUGAGACGCGCAGCCCACGGGAGUCACGGACUGGGCCUCCCUCGCAGUCCCCGUCCUGGACGCCCGAGAAGCCGGGCACCUUUGCUCUCAAACCGACGGUCCGGUG